AAAUCAUAUAUAUAUAUGUAUAUAUAUGGUGUGCAGGGUGCACCAGUAAAGGUUAGAAGACCUAGUGACUACAAUCCUUCACUUGCUGCUGCACUUGGCCCUAGCCAACCCAACCCAAAUCUGAACCUUGCUGCUGUUGGGCUGACACCAGGUUCUGCUGGUGGGCUUGAAGGGCCUGAUCGUAUUUUUGUCGGUGGGCUGCCAUACUAUUUUACUGAAGCACAGGUCAGGGAGUUGCUUGAAUCUUUUGGGCUACUUCGAGGUUUUGAUCUGGUAAAGGACAGGGAAACUGGAAACUCAAAAGGCUAUGCCUUUUGUGUUUACCAAGACCUCUCUGUUACCGACAUUGCAUGUGCAGCUCUUAAUGGUAUCAAAAUGGGAGAUAAAACACUUACUGUUAGACGAGCAAACCAAGGUGCUGCUCAGCCUAGACCAGAGCAAGAAAGUGUGUUGCUACAGGCUCAACAACAAGUAGCUUUGCAGGCUGCGGAUGUUGUCAAUGAUGGACUACGGCAAUUGCAGAGGCUUGUGUAUCAAGCUGGAUCCCUUCCAACAAAGGUAAUAUGUUUAUCACAAGCUAUUAAUGAAGACGAACUGAAGGACGAUGAAGAAUAUGAAGAUAUAUUGGAUGACAUGAGGGGCGAGGGUGAAAAAUACGGUAAAUUGGUGAAUGUUGUCAUCCCCCGGCCAGGCCCAAAUAAUGAACCGUAUCCAGGUGUUGGAAAGGUAUUCCUGGAAUAUGCAGACACAGAUGCAUCAUCAAAGGCCCGGCAAGCAUUGAAUGGGAGGAAAUUUGGUGGGAAUACAGUGGUCGCCGUCUUUUAUCCUGAGAACAAGUUUGCUCAGGGAGAAUAUGCUUGAUAUCACUCCCCUGUAGUUGCAGUAGCAAUUAGUGUUUCCAAAGUAGUAGCAAAACACAUUUAAUGUUCAAUGGUUGUAGCUAGAGACAUGCUCGUAGUUUUUUCUUAUUUAUUUUGACAUGUACCUUGAAGCUGUCAUCGUUUCAAGACAUUAUGUGUUUGUGUGCGUAGCAUGUUGAAAUAUGACUCUUACGAAAAGUUUUAAUAAUUGAUUCCAUCGUUUUUA